AUGUUUGGAUGCGACUGCCGCUUCGAUGUGUGGGAGACAGUCGGAGGUAAAGCCCAAGCUAAGUUCGGAAAAACUACCAAGCUUAGCAUUGGCGGAAUACUCAUACUCGGCCUAGGCAAACCGGGCAUGCUCGGACUCGAUAGGAAAAUCGAGCAAUUCUUGGCCUCUAAUCUAAGGCUCGGACGGGGAAAGGCUGGACGAUCUAUGUGCUUGGGACUCGUCGGCCUAAGUGGCGUAAAGAAUGUUUGUUAUGUAGGACGGGAAGAUGAUGUACUUGGUACCGAAAGUGAAGCUAGAGUAGAUAUGACGAGCAUGGUUAUUAGAGUAGAGCAAUCAACCAAUGGUUUUACUCGAAAGCUCUCGAGGGCGACCACUAAAAGAUGGAGUAGAAGUGCUAAAAGGGGUGCUGUGGGGGUUCUUAUCACCUUAGUGGCUAUAUGUUGA